CUAACAUCGGUGCAAAUGCUAGUUAUGUUCAGAAACAGUCGAUUUUGGAAAAAAAAAUACAGAGCACAGUUGAUAACAGGGGUCAUGAAAAAUUAGCUACAAAACAAGUUAUUUGUGCUGGAGGCUUAAUUUAACUCGUGAUAAUUACUGAGUUUGCCUGUGUGAAGAAUUAAAUAUUUAGCCGAUAGGCUAUAUUUUGUAGCAGCUUUCACCCGUAAAGUUGUCUCACGCUGGGAAAAUCAACUUUCAGGCAGUUGAAACAUUCUGCCUCACGCCUGUAAACAAAUUUUGAUUCGCAAUUAAUAUUUUCGUUUAAAAGGCGCAAAAAACUUGUCAAGAGCUCAAGUAUAUACUAGCACUAAAAACCCGAUAUUUUUAGAUGUACUUUCUUUAAAUACGAGUUGAAGCAGCAGCUGUAGGGAGAUUGGUUUUAGCUCGUAUCAUUGUUGAAAAAUUUCUGCUUUGGUAGGGUUUCGUGAUAUUUUUUCUGCAAAUUCUGCCCAUUUUCCCCCGCUGGCAUGGUUGACAGCACAACACAAAUUUGUGCAGAAUCUUAAGGCAAGACAAAUUAAUGGAAGGUUGGAAAUAUUGGAAGAGUUGAUAGGAAAUGUGUAUGAAUGGCAUGGUAUAAGGGAAUGGUAUCUUGAUUGGGUGAUUGAAGAUAGGUGAUUUUGGGUGACUGCUACUCCUAUUUGUUGGCUGCUCACUUCCCAUACCAAGCUGGACAUGGGAUUGUAGGCAGGUCGAAGGUGCAGGGGUUCACUAGACACCUCAUCAAGCUUUGGAGAGUAGCGUUUUGGAGAUCAGAACAUAUUUAUCAGCCAAACACUUAGUGUUGCAGCAGAUUCAUAGCGUUUGAGGGCCUUUUUAGCAGGCUAUUCUAGCACAGCAGGGUGGCGUGGGCAUUUAGUGCAGUCUUGGAUUAGUUUGGGAGCUCGUGGGAGUUCUUGGAGGGUAUGUGUGGCUGGCACGACUAUUGAUAGAAGCUACAGGCAGUGUGAGGAGUGAGACAUGAACAUACGAGGAGAUUUACAACUCCUAUUGGCCUCUUUAAAGAUCAGGAAAGAACAAUUGAGAAGGCAAGGGGAGUAAACAAAGAUGUUGUUCCAGGUUGGAGGACAAGGCAGUCGGCCAACCUUUUUUGAGAUGGCAGCCACUCAGCAGCUUCCUGCUAGUUUGCGAGCUGCAUUGAUGUAUUCUAUUGGGGUAAUGGCACAGCGGAGACCGGUGCUACAUAAAGUGUUGGAUCACAAUGAUGAGUUCUUUGCACUACUCAUGCUUGUCCUUGAAGCUCACAGUCUACAAACUAGAGAUGCUUCUUUCUCAGAAUCGUUAUAUGGUUUACGAAGAAGACCUGUAGAAAUUAUUCAACAAAGGCAAGAAGCCAAUAGUGCUAAUGGACAUGAGCUUAAAUCAUCUGGCCUAAGGAGGCAUCAAAGGGUUCUUUCAGUUGUAUUUUUGGUUGCUUUGCCUUAUUUCAAGUCCAAGUUAGAAUCUCUAUAUAAAGCUCAAAGAGGGGCAAUGCUUCAAGCAGCAUUAUGGGGAAGGGGGGAUUCUAAUAUGUUUGAAGGAGAUUCCUUCUCUGACAAUGUUGAAGAUACUAGCACAAUAUCUGAACUGCAAGAACAAGACACUACUCGUUCCAAUCAGAUUGUAAAGAAAAUGAAGGCAUUUCUAGCUAGUUGCUACCCAUGGAUACAUGCUACACAAGAAGGACUGUCUUUUACAUAUCAGUUACUUUAUCUGCUUGAUGCAACUGGCUUCUACUCUCCUGCACUUCAUGCAAUGUGUGUACAUGUUUGUCGUGCUACAGGCCAGGAGCUGAUGGAUGCUUCUUCAAGAAAUGCAGGGAGCAGAUUCCAUGAAUCUGAAAGAGUUCACGGUACCCCCUGGUUGCAGACUUUCCGAGGAUUGCUACUCCGUUCUUUGUUCACUUCUUUGGAUUAUGCUCAAAAUGGACUGAUUGCAGCAGUAUUUCUUUUCAAAAUGAUGGAAUGGUGGUACCAAUCUGCAGAAGAGAGGCUCUCAUCUCCAACUGUGUAUCCUCCACCUCCACCACCCCCACAGCCAAAGGUUGCAGAGAAUGGUAUUCCAUUACCACCUGAUAGGACAGUCUGUCCACUAUGCUCGCAGAGACGUACUAAUCCCACACUGAUUGCUGUGUCAGGAUUUGUUUUCUGCUAUCCAUGUAUUUUCAAUUAUGUUUCAAAGUAUAACCGCUGUCCUGUCACUUUGAUGCCUGCAAGUGUGGAUCAACUAAGGCGGUUGUUCCAUGACGCCUGAUGUCUACUAAGAAGAGAUGAAACAAGCAUACCAUUUUGCAGCUAUGCAGACUCUUAUGACCACCUGGGCUAGAUUUAACCAAAUUGUAAUGAGCACUAUAUCUUAACUUAUUAUGGACGAUUCUGAGCUGAUUCUGGCAGAACUGAAUACUACGUUCAUCAAAAUUAAAUAUUUGCAAAGCAUAAAAUGUGAAGCUUCAUUUUAAGGGGUGAUUCCUUCUUGAUAGAUAUGCUAGUUAAGUGAGAAUUUUUUAAUAUUAGAGGAGAUUUAACUGGCUUCUGUGGGAUCCAGGAAGGUCUAAUUAUUCAGUUCCUGCUGGACAGGUAAAUUUGUAAUUUGCAUCUUUAUAGUACAAUUUUUUCAAUUUAAUAAAGGCCCCAUUCUAUUCCAUGUUAA